CUCGCUCGGCCUGAAAGCAAUUCACUCUGAUGACGUCACUCGCAAAGUUGUCAUGGCGUCUUUGGGACCGAAGCUGCUGCUGCAAUUUAGCUAAAAUCUGUCGACAGUCUGUAAAUCGAAAUGGAGAAAAAUGCAACCCUGCAUCGAGACACUGACGGGAGCUCUUUGUGUGCCACGAUCGCGGGGGAGAUGGGCGAUGUUACGGUUGUCGGCGGAGUGAAAGGGACAGCCGAGAAAUGCAAGAAUAGUGAGGCUUCUCUCAGUACUUUGGUUAACGUUAGUUAUAAUAACAGCACCACAAAUGUUAGUGCUCCCAGCGCCGUUAAUGUCAUUUCCAGUGCUGGGAAAUCUGACGUGCCAGAAGUGAUCCAAGUCCUCCCCGUGCAGGAGGUUAAGAAGAACGACACUGAGGCGAGUGGAUCGUGGUCCGGGUCCGGGGAUCAGAUCAGUAACGGGAUGGGGCAUGACUCGGUGCUUGCUGCAGAAGAUAGCGAGGGUGGUGCCUCAAAGUUAGUAAACAACAAACCCGACGGGCCGUGCUCACCUCCAGCUAAGGAGAGCACAGAUGUGCGGGCGGAGGUUUCGGUUCGUGAAGAAAGUGAACCGACAAAACUUGCCAAACCGACUCGUCUGUGUCCGGACAAUGCAAUCACCGCGAACGUCAAGUCGGCGCUGUCCGGUGAUCACACCUUAUCGGAGGGAUUGCCGAGUGGGAGUGACCCCGAUCCCAGCCUCGGUGGAGAGUCCCAAAGCAUAGAUUCACUCGAGUCCUUCUCCAACCUCAACUCGUGCCCCAGCUCCGACCUGAACAGUGAGGGGCUGGAGGACACAGGACUGGCCCUGGCCCUGCAGAGCGAGUACGGGGCUGAUGGGACAAAGACUGCGUGCCCUAAGGACCGGGCCGCCGGCCAGUCCAUAUACCACAUUAAGUGGAUCAAGUGGAGGGAGGAGAACACGCCGAUCAUCACCCAGAACGAGAACGGCCCCUGUCCAUUACUGGCAAUUAUGAAUGUCCUUCUGCUUGCAUGGAAGGUUAAGAUGCCACCUAUGAUGGAAAUUAUAACUGCUGAGCAACUGAUGGAGUAUCUUGGAGACUACAUUUUGGAAACCAAGCCUAAAGAGAUAUCAGAGGCUCAGCGGCUAAACUAUGAGCAGAACAUGAGUGAUGCCAUGGCAGUGUUGCACAAGCUGCAGACAGGUCUGGAUGUGAACGUGAAGUUCACAGGGGUGCGAGUCUUCGAGUACACCCCAGAAUGCAUUGUGUUUGAUUUGCUGGACAUCCCUCUCUACCACGGCUGGCUGGUUGACCCCCAGAUGCAUGACAUUGUCAAAGCAGUGGGCAACUGCAGCUACAACCAGCUGGUAGAGAAGAUAAUAUCCUGCAAACAGUCAGACAACAGCGAGCUGGCAGGGGAAGGCAUCGUGGCAGAGCAGUUUCUGAGCAGCACAGCCACCCAGCUGACGUACCAUGGCUUAUGUGAGCUCACAUCCACCGUACAGGAGGGAGAGCUCUGUGUCUUUUUCAGGAAUAACCACUUCAGCACCAUGAUCAAAUACAAGGGCCAGCUGUACCUCCUGGUUACAGACCAAGGUUUCCUGACAGAGGAGAAGGUCGUCUGGGAGAGUCUGCACAAUGUUGACGGAGACGGCAAUUUCUGUGAUUCCGAGUUCCGGUUGCGGCCUCCGUCUGACCCAGAGACUGUGUACAGAGGCCAGCAGGAUCAGAUAGACCAGGACUAUCUGAUGGCGCUGUCACUGCAGCAAGAGCAGCAAAGCCAGGACCUACAGUGGGAGCAACUCCCCGAGGGCAUCAGUGACCUGGAGCUGGCCAAAAAGCUUCAGGAGGAGGAGGACCGACGAGCCUCCCAGUACUACCAGGAGCAAGAGCAGGAGCAGGCAGCGGCUGCAGCAGCAGCAGCAGCACAGGCACAGCAGGGUCAGCAGGAGCCUGCCGAGGGAGACGAGGCGGACAGAGGAGGUACAGGAGCAGGCAGAGCAGCAGCCGGCACUGGGACGGCAGCAGCAGCCGGAGCCACACCCAGCCCGGGAAAACAGUCCUCUAGCGGGGAGCGCAAAGCCAAGAAAGAAUCGAAGGAUAAAGACAAAUGUGUUAUUUUGUAACAGAGUUAGGAGACGUUUGAGGAGAGGCGCGACAAGACUAACAGAGGAUUUGCUGUUUCCCAAACCACUGGUGCCUGCUAUCCUCUAUCCUCAGUGGAACCUGGACAUCAGAGGAAGGGACACUACAACAACAACUACCCCUUAUCUUUCAUAGAGUCGGCCAAACUUUGUUACAAGUUGCACAGUGCACUAUAUUUGUGAUGUGGGCUCAAAUUUAUUCGGGGUGGUAUGUUUUAUAGCAAAAGACAUAAUCUGAAGAAACAAAAUGUCCCCCUCUCACCGUGUUCUUUAAAAAAAAAAAAAUCAUUCAUUUUUGCAGCUCAUAAGCUUUUUUGUACGUAUCAAUAUUUACAAAACGUAUAUAGACAGACCCACUUUUUUGGUUUCAGUUGAGUUUUUUAAGUUGAUGCCAAGAUUCACAUUUUAUUUAUGUGUCUGUGUAAAAGGUAGCUUUUGGGAGAGGUUUUAUUUUUUUCUGUAAGCUGAGAGGUAUUUCUCAUAAUAUUGCCUGUUGGAAAUCAAUGUAACACUAUUUGUGUCCCCUCCGAAACACUAUGUACCUAAGGGUUAAUUAAUGCCAGAUAGCUGCCAGAUACUGUAGCUACGCAACAAUACUCAUCACAGCUUGCCCUGUUCAGAUUUGCCUUACCAGAGUAUGGCAGCGUUGUAUUCUGCUCUGUUUGAAUGUGAAUGUGUGUAUGUUUUCAUGUGUAUGGUAUGUACAGUACAUGUGUGCUAUGUUGGUAUAAUGGGGUGUGGUACACAUGUCUCAUUUGCUGAGCAUCGCUGAUGUAACAAGUUUCAAUUUGGAAAAACUUUUAUGCCGUAUUAUGGUUAAGCUACAAAUUCGGGGCAUUUAAUGUCUUUUAUGUUGUGAUUUUGCUAUUUCACAAAAACUACGUUUGGGAAAGUCAAACUGAGAAUAACAUUGCAGAUUUUAACUGAGGAAUUUUGUCAGAAUCUGAUGUUUCUGUGUGAGACCCAAGGAGCUUUUGGCAGAUUAGAUUUGUAUUAGAUGGCAGCCAGUUUAGAGUGUAUGGUAGUUCUGAAAGGCCCUUUUUUUCUUUCUCACAUUCUCCUCUGGCAGCCUUCUGAAGAGAUGCAGUGUGCGUGCAGGCACCAUCAUGAUCUCCUCUGUUAGGUUCUGGAUGUAGAAGUUCCACUGCAGCCAAUCUUUUGAAAAGAAAUACCACAUAUUUCAGUACUUUGCAUGUAAUAUUCCUCUGAACUGGGAAAGUUCAACUAAUAUUUGUGAACAUGUGCUAUUCCUUUUCACAAGCCUGAAUCCAAACCCCAAAAUCUGUGAAAUCAAGAUAUACAGCUUGAGUUUCAACUCCAGUUACAAUGUUGGGAACCUGUUUCAUGCUGUAGAAAUAUAAUUUCUCCCUCUGUCAAAUUCAGAGGGGGAAAUUCAUCUGAGGAAAAUAAGGCCUGAUAGUGAAAGUUCACAAAUUGAGUGGGAGGCAUAGGGUAUACAUUCUGAAUACUGAAAUUCUGUGGUAUCACCUUUUAACUUGUGUGCAUUUCACUGCAGCAUUGAGCGUGCAAACACAUGAUGUACAUAUUUACCUAACGCAUUCUUAUAAUGGAUUUAGCUAGUGGUUUGUACCAUUAUUGUACCAUGGGACUGCCUCCUGAGAAACUUUUCUAUCUAUACAUUCCAAGUGGAUGCCUUGA